AUUUUACUUUCACUUUCACAGCCUCGACAGGCUAGGCUAUGAACCACAUAGUGUUUUACCAUAUCUCAUUUGAACUUACUUUUAUUUAUUAUCUAAAUAAACUAACUAACUAGCAAAUAUGUCCAAACUAACGCUCAUCAGAUUGUGCUUCUUGCUUUAUCUUGCGCGACCGGUGGUCUCCGGAGAUCUUUAUCAUAAAGUGGGAGGUGAGAUCGUGUUGAAGCCAGACAAGUCCACAGUGCCUGGCCCCAUCACAAGCAUCCUAUGGAAGCAUGGGAAGAACAAGGUGGCAGAGUGGGACAAGGAUUUUGGUGGUCUGGACAUCUAUAAUGUCUUCAAAGGCCGCACAACCCUGAACCAGGCUACUGGAGAGCUGAGAAUCAGUGGAUUGAAGAAAACAGACAGUGGAGUUUAUUCUGUGGAGUUCAACAGCAAACUGCUUGACAAGACAUAUAAACUAUCUGUUAUCAAGGCAGUCCCCAAACCCACAAUCACUUCUUCCUGUAACACCAACAAAACCACCUGCACUCUGACCUGUGAAGGCGACACCACUGAUGCUGAACCCGUCACCUACAACUGGAAAGUGGGAGAAGGGGCGUGGCUUGUCGGAGGAAAACAGCUGAUUGUCUCUAAGAACGACACUGGCAAAUCCACUAACAGUUACAAGUACUUCUGCAAGAUGAAGAACUCUGCUGGAGAAGGGGAAGUCAGUGAGCCAGUUGGAGAUGUGUUUGGCCAAGAGCCUUCCAAUAUCGGUGCUGUUGUUGCUUUGGUUGUCUUUACCAUAUUAGUACUUGUCGCCAUCGUCUUAACAGGUUGGUUGGUGUGGAAGAAAAAAAACGCUAAAGGCAGUGAUGUAGUCCAGCCAGCCCCAGACAAAGAUGUGUUGAUGGGGGACAAAGACAGCCAGUAAAGAAUCCAGUGUUUUAGGAUGCUGGUGGUCUUCCUGGUGGGGAACUGAGGACCACAAAAAUGGGGUUUGAAGGCUCUCAGUACAUGCCUCCAUGUCUGUUACAUUGAGACAAAUUACUAAGAAGAGAGAAACUGUUGGAGAUGUUUUCAAUGAACUAUAAAUUUAAAAUGGAAAAUAGGCAAACAUUGCAUUCAAUCAGUUGAAUCUAAAGUGUUGGAGUACAGAGGCAAAACAAUCAAAAAACGUAUCACAGUCCCAAUACUUUUGGAGCUCACUGUAUAAUGUGAUGAGUUGUGUGCUUUAUGAGUUUACAGUAGUUCAGAAAUAUGAAGGCAAUAUUUGUAUCAGAACAUUUUGAUAAUGGACAAAAACAAGAGAUUAUCUUAUACUUUGAUGUAAAUAGCUUUGGAUUCUUACACUUUCUCAUUAUUCAUGACUCGUCUUUACAAAUCAAAAUCAAUUUGUGCAUAUUGUUUUUGUUGUUUGAAGCCAUAGUAUUAAUCACUUUGUGGUUGUAUGAUUCCUUUUCAGGUAUUUCCUCCAGAGAACUUUAUGCCAACCCACUGCACUUUCUGUUUUUAAUCGCAUCUUGUGAAUUUCUUAUAAUUUCAUAAUUUCAUAAUUCUUCAAGCCCUCACUUGACUUAAGUCAAGGUAUUUGUACAGGUUGUUAUUGUUUUAGUUAUUUUUCUCAGAGUAAUUUAUGCCAACCCCCACAAUAGGCAAAGUCUAGUGUAGGGAGAGAGUGUUGGUUGAGAGGAACCAGGCCUGAGCUCAUCCUCAUCUGCCUUGUAAAGAAAGAGAGCUUUAAAAAAAAAAAAAAAAAACUUGAUUGGUGAAAGCAUUUCAGAGGAAGGUCAAUUUAGGUCUGGGUUCAGCCAUCACCAACAUACUGUACAUAUCCCUAUCUGAACCCUUCAGAUCUGUGAAUACUGAGCUAGGGAAAGAGACUAGUUGACACUAGACUUAGAGAUCAGUCUCUUUGCAUGCACUGGAUGACUUCUCAGCCACGUUCACUAAACGGAUCACACCACAGGACUGACGAUUCCUAAAUCAAGUGUCAACUCCUUCCUUCCGAGACAUGCUGCUGUGCAAAACAAAUGCACUUCAAAGCGCAGUGUGACAUCAUCUAUCUGCAACGAUUGAAUUCCGACCUGUAUAUACUGCCAAUUCAAUGUGAAUUUGAGGUGUUUGAUAUUAAUAUUUUUUCAAUAAAUUGAUGAGUUCUA